AUGAUACAAACAGGGGAGAGAAGUAAGGCUCUCGAGGUGAAGUACAUAAAGGCUCUGUCCAAGUUCCUGUGGAGCAUCGGCGCGUGGCCGGGCGAGGAGUUCGGCGACUCCGUGGCGCUGCCCAUCAGGUUCCAGCGGCUGACCCUGCCGUACCAGUGCGCGGGGAUCUUGGCGGCUCAGAUCUACUACCUGGUGAACCACCGGACCAACAUCCGCUUCUUCGACGUCGGCCAUGUCAUUAUUAACUGCUUUCUUACUUUGGCUACUGGCACCCGCACCGCUUUGCCAAGUUUCAAAGGGUACACUUUGAUCGUCAAGAAAUUCAUUAACGAUUUCCAUUUGAUACACUUUAAAGACAAGGGAGAGUACGAUGAAAAAGUGUACAAGAUCACCGACUUCGUCUCGUACUACUUCACGAUAAUGCAGAUGACGCUAAUGGUGUGUGGCAUGACCCUGUUCAACAUGUCCCCUCUGUACAACGACUACAGAAUGGGGGCAUUCUCGCGCCACCGCCCGCCUAACAUCACCAUGGACUUUGCAGUCUUCUACGAGUUCCCGGGAGCCACUCAAGAUGAGCAUUUUUACGCAGCAACAUUCCUAAACCUGUGGCUGUCGUGGAACUGUUCCGUGUCAGUUUGCUCCAUUGAUCUGUUGCUAUCGUUGAUGGUGUUCCAAAUUAUUGGGCACAUUCGGAUUUUGAUGUAUGAUUUUGAGAAUCUGGAGCGGCCGAAGAGCUCGGAGUCGGUGAAGACGGAGGGCGAGGAGUCGCUGGUGCCGGUCACGGUGGAACUCUUCGACCGUCAGGAGAACAUGCGUGUGCAUCGCAAGCUGAUCGAUAUGGUCAUACGCCACCGGCUUAUAGUCGAAUUUGCGGAUGAUAUAUCAUCAUUUUUUGGCCCUCUACUAGCCCUGACCUACUCAUUUCAUUUGGUCAGUCUGUGUAUCUUGCUGUUAGAAUGUUCUCAAAACGAUCCGCAAGCGCUGGCGCGGUUCCUCCCCCUGACGGCCAUCAUCUUUGGCGAGCUCGUGCAGAUAUCAGUGGUGUUCGAAGUAGUCGGGUAUAUGGGGGAAAAGCUGAUAGACUCCGUCUACCUGAGCCCGUGGGAGUGCAUGAACGUGAGCAACCAGAAGUCCAUGAAGUUCAUACUGAGCCGCAUCCAGCUGCCUCUGCAGGUCACCGCCAUGGGCAUGGUCCCCGUCGGCGUGGAGACCAUGACCGCGAUAAUAAAAACUACGAUGUCCUUCUUUGCGAUUUUACAAUCAAUAAACGAUUGA